AUGAUGCUAGAAUAAUUAAAAACUGUAGGCGUAUUUUUUACCAACAGCAAACAAACCUGCUUAAAAAGUUCGAAUCGGCUGAUAUUCAAGAGUUCGUAAAUCCAAAAGACGCCAUUCCGGAUAGUUGACAAUUUUGUUUGAUUGAUGGCCGGAUCAUCAGCUUCCAGCGUCGGAAGUGAGGGAAAAAGCGGUAAGAGUUCGGCCAGUUCAAAAAAGAGCAAAAAGGAUUCAAAGAAAAAGGGAGGCAAAGCGGACGCAAAGAAGGAGCAAUCGAAGGAGCAGUCGAAAGGUAGCAGGGCCAGUAAGGGCAGUCAGAGCAGUCGCGGCUCCGGGGCCGAAAGCGGCGGAGAGGGCGAUGCGCCAAAGAAGGGAAAGGGCAAGCUCGCGCGGGCGCCCAAAAUUUACGCCAGUGCAUACAACGACGUCAUCUGGACGAUGUUGAAGGACUACACCAAAGAAGUGCUGCGCAAAUCGCCCACGGACAUUUUGGCCUGGUCGGCCGAGUACUAUGCAAAGAAGGUAACCGAGCGGCGCGCUGCAUCGGAAGCCUAUCGGAGCAAAAUGUGCGGAAAGGGCGCCCGUGGCGGACCCUCCCCGGGGCCCUCCACCGGGACGUCGCGUGCCGCCAGUUCCCGCGGAUCCAGCCGCUAAUCGUUCUUCGUUCUCUUAUCUGUCCUUCAUUGCUUGUUUUCCUCCGACUUUUAUAACUUAACCAUUUUUAACACUUUUACUUUGUAACAGACCAUUUGCUUACGACUUGUUGACUCGCACCAAUCACAUCUUAGCAA